GUUUGCCCUCUGGAAGCAGAUUAAAAAUUAAUAACGGCAAAUUGAAUCCUUUAACCAACUCUGAUUACAACCAACCAGUCAUUAACUAGACAAAGUCAGGGAUCAUUGUCAUAUAUAUAUAACCAGAUGUUUUCAGGAUUUGGUGCCACUGUGUUUGGUGGAGGAUUUUCCUCUCCCAUGAGUAAUAAAUUCGAAGACUUUUUCCGAUGUUAUCCUGUUGCUAUGAUGCCAGAUCAUAUAAGGAAAGAUGAUGCCAAUUUUGGGGGUAAGAUCUUUUUACCACCAUCUGCCUUGAAUAAAUUAACCAUGUUACAUAUCAGAUAUCCCAUGUUAUUUGAAUUAUCAAAUGAAGCUAAAGAAGUAAAGACUCAUAGUGGGGUAUUGGAAUUUGUGGCGGAAGAAGGUAGGGUUUAUAUACCACAAUGGAUGAUGACUACUUUGAAGGUCAGUCCAGGUCAAUUGUUAAAAGUAAGUAAUUGUGAUUUACCAUUAGGUAGUUUUGUUAAGAUUGAACCUCAAUCGGUUGAUUUCUUAGAUAUAUCUGAUCCUAAAGCGGUAUUGGAAAAUGUAUUAAGGAAAUUUUCUACAUUAACUGUCAAUGAUAUUAUUGAAAUUAAUUAUAAUGAUUCUAUUUAUGGUAUAAAGGUUCUUGAAACCAAACCUGAUAGUAAUACUAAGGGUAUAUGUGUGGUGGAAACAGAUUUAGAAACAGAUUUUGCUCCUCCAGUAGGUUAUGUUGAACCAGAAUAUAAACCAGUUCCUAAAAAACCAUCAACUCCCAUAGAUCCAGCUAGUGUUAAUAGAGGAGCCGGAGCAGCUACUAUGGCCAAAUCCAUCAAUUAUGCUCAAAUAGUAGCAGAAGCUUCUAAACCUGGAUCUGAUUCAUUUCAUGGCAGUGGACAAAAAUUAUCCGGUAAACCAACCGAAGAAAUACAGACAAAUUAUAAAAUUGAUGAUUUAGAUCCAGAAGCUCCACCUGCUCCAUUAAAUUUACCUGAUAAUCAAUUAUUCUUUGGAUUCCCCGUGGUGCUACCAAGUGCCGAAGAUGUAGAAAAUGAUACUGAUAAUAAUCCUGAUGACACAGCAUCUAAUACCGAUGCGGAAUCUGCAUUUAGUGGAGCUGGUCAAUCAUUAAGACAAAGUAAGAAAAGAAAAGAUAAGAAUUCAUCAUAUCCAUCGUUAAAGAAUUAUUCCAGAAGUCCCGAUUAUAUUGAAAUCGAUUGAAUAUGAUUAAUUAUCAUAGUUACUGUGAAUAUCAAAAGAAACGACGCGUGUCUCAGAACCACUUAGUUAACUGCAUCUCUCUUUACAUACAUAAUCAUUUUAUCAGUAGUUAUUGAUUUGUAAUUACAACGCACAUACCGGUUUAAACAUGUAUAGUGAAAUAUUUGUAUUGUGUAGUUCUAACAACUAGAGUAGGAGGAGGGGAUCCCCCACGACUGGCUGAGCUUAGCGGUGGAGGGACAUAAGCACAAAAAAAAAA